AUGACGAUGUUGGUUAUACUGUGUGUUUUACUUGGAUUAGUUGACUCAAAGAGUCUGGAGAAGGUUCUGUUAAACCAGAAGUCUAGAAAUGCUGAUGAUUGUCAAAUACCAGAUAAUAUUACUGAACUGAUUGAAUCGUUAACUGAAAUCAAGAGAAACAAAUCUUUCCUGAUACCAGUCCAGGAGUCCAUUUAUGAGGUUUGUGAUCGCAGAAAAUCAGAAAUACCUUUUGUAACCCCGACAAAUUGUCCUGAAAAUGUUACAUCACGCCGAGGAGGAAAACUCAACCAGAGAUCAGUAUGUCCAUGGGAUAUGGUACAAGAGUAUCUCCCCGGCUAUUUUCCGUCUGUAAUUAAUGUGGCUCGGUGUCGACUAUGUGAACGAUGUUCCGGGGUUAAUUCAACAACGUCUUGUCAGCCGAUCGUAUACCGUAUACCAGUAUUGAAGCUAACUGGUUGCGUUUCUGGCUUUUACACGUAUGAAAAGAAGUACAAGAAGAGAGCAGUCGGAUGUACCUGCGCCCGUCGGAAGACAAUGAGAGCCAGGAGAAGAAAUCGUGUUUAA